AUGUAUAAUGAGAUACGGAAACAGAGAGCUCUGCAAGGCGGAGACGUAAGUGCAGCUAUUAGGUACUUGGAAGGUCUGGCACGCAUGGAUGGGAAAAUGUUUUGGCGGUACAAGUUGGGUGCAGGGCAACACCUAUGCAACUUGUUUUGGAGCGAUGGUCGUUGUCAGGAAGAUUAUGGGAUAUUCGGCGAUGUGCUAGCAUUCGACGCUACCUAUGGCCGCAACAAGUACAACCUACCCGUUGUAGUAUUAUCCGGAGUAAACCACCACAACCAGACAUGCGUAUUUGGAACAGCAAUGGUCUCAUGCGAAUCGCAGGAGUCAUAUAUUUGGGUUCUUCGCCAGUUUCUGGAAUGCAUGCAAGGUAAGGCACCGCAUUCAGUCAUCACGGAUGGCGACCCGGCCAUGCGGAUAGCAAUCCAGUCCGUUUUUCCUGACGCACAUCAUCGGUUGUGUGCCUGGCAUCUGCUGAGGAACGCAGCUGCUAACAUAAGCGACCCGAGAUUCACACAAAUGUUUAGACACUGCAUGCUGGCAGAUAUGGAAAUCGAGGAGUUCGAAGCGCAUUGGGAGUCAAUGCUCAAUGAGUGCGGUGUUAGGGAGGUUGAGUGGGUUAAGGACUUGUACACCAAAAAGCACGCUUGGAUAACCACAUACAUUCGUGGUAGAUUUUUUGCUGGAGUACGGACAACCUCUAGGUGCGAGUCACUACAUGCUAAACUAGGGAGGUUUGUUGAGAGCAGGUACGGGGUGUUAGAAUUUGUCAGAAAUUUUCAAAGGUGUGUGGAUUUUCUGCGUGACACCGAGGACGAGCUAGACUUUCGUUCAUGGUACGGAACACCUGUGCUACAAACGGAGUUCAUUGAGCUGGAAAAGUCUGGAUGGACUAGGUUCACCCGUGAAAUGUUUCUCAGAUACCGGGAUAGCCUGAAACGGUGUGUUCGUGUUAGAAUAUAUGAAUUUAAUGACAGUGAGAACCCUCAUGCAUAUACUCUCCAGAAGUAUCGGAGGCCUGAGAUGAAUUGGAAGGUUUAUAGGGACCAUAUCUCGAACAGAUUUAGUUGCACCUGCAUGCGUAUGGAGUCGUUUGGCAUUCCUUGUGUGCAUAUCCUUUCCGUGUGUGUUAGGCUAGACUUGGUGGAAAUCCCUGAAAGCCUUGUGCUGCGUAGGUGGUCUAAGGCAUCCAAAUUGGAGAUCCAUAACCAAUGUGGUGAGCAACACACUGCUGACCCAAGUGUGACCUAUAGGACACGAUUGGGUGCUUUCUCCCAGCUGUGUAAGCGUUUAGGGCGCGUUGCUUGCAUGAGUGAUGAAGACUUCAAGCUUUACUCAGACAAGGUUAUGAGCGAUGCUCUGUUCCUUGAAAUAAAGUACGGCUUAAGACCAUCAACGGAUGAUAUGACAACAGCAAAUGAUUGCGAGGUGAAGGACCCCAUUCGUGUCAGAACAAAAGGCACGGGUCGGAUGAGUCAAGCAGGCGGUUCUGCGUCGAAAACCAAAAGAAAGUGCAGCACAUGCGGGAAGCUAGGGCACCGGAAGACUAUAUGCCCCAACGGAGGCGCGCAAGCUUCAACGAGGAACAAAGAAUCACAUGCUGGGAGAAAUAAACGCAAGCGAUCAAAGGUACCAAUCGUUGUCCCAGAUAAUUGUUGGCCUGAAAAUGCAUGUCAAGCUGGAAGCGACAAAUGGGAAAAUUUUUCGCUUGCAGACCCAUGA